AUGGAAAGGAGAGGAAAAAUUGGUGGAAAUCGAAAAGAGGAGGAGGAGCAGGAUGAGGAAUUUUUCCUGGAAAAUGGUGGAGAUGAAGAUGGAGAUGUUGAGGAAGGAAACAUGGAUUUUGAAGAAGACGACGAGGUUGGUGGCCUUGGUGAUGAGAAUGAAGAUGGUGGCUGUGGGCGUAGCUUUUCUUCUUCUUCUUUCAUUUCUCAGCAAUGGCCUCAGAGUUACAAGGAAACAACGGAUAUCUACUCUAUUGCGGCAUCUCCAAGUUUCGGAACCCUUCGGCGCACAUCUGGUGUUUCUCAUUCGAACUAUGACAUUAAUAGUCAUAAUAACUUAGACCGAAAGACUCCGUUGCUGUCUGAGUAUAAGAACGAUCUGCAGAAAGAAGAAGCGGGUAGUUUAACGAGAAAGCAAUCAUCGUGGCUGGAAAAGAGUUCGAUGUAUCGGCAGCUCACUGGGGAGCUUCCUAUUGGUUAUGGAUGUAGCUUAACACAAACUGUUUUUAAUGGAGUAAAUGUUCUGGCUGGAGUUGGACUUCUUUCGACACCCUAUACAGUUAAAGAAGGUGGCUGGGCAGCUUUAGCUGUGCUCGUUUUAUUCGCGUUUGUCUGUUGUUACACUGCUGAUCUUCUGAGACACUGCUUUGAGAGCAAAGAAGGCAUCUUAAGUUUUCCAGACAUGGGAGAGGCAGCAUUUGGAAGAGUGGGACGCAUUUUAGUAUCUAUCGUCUUGUAUGCCGAGUUAUAUACAUCUUGCGUGGAAUUUAUCAUCCUUGAAGGAGAUAAUCUAACCAGGAUAUUUCCAGGAGCAUCCAUGGAUUUGUCUGGUUUACAUUUGGAUUCCAUGCAUCUGUUUGGAGUUAUAACUGUUCUGGUUGUUUUACCCACAGUUUGGCUGAAAGAUCUGCGUUUGAUCUCUUAUCUUUCAGCUGGUGGUGUGAUUUCAACAGUUGUUGUAGUUUUGUGUUUGCUUUUUGUUGGUACGGCAGAAGUUGGUUUUCAUCACAGCGGUCCAUUGGUGAACUGGAAAGGCCUUCCUUUUGCCAUUGGAGUCUAUGGAUACUGCUAUUCGGGUCAUUCUGUGUUCCCAAAUAUAUACCAAUCAAUGGCAGAUAAAACCAAAUUUACUAAAGCAGUAGUAAUAAGUUUUAUAUUGUGUGUUCUAUUGUAUGGAGGUGCUGCAAUCAUUGGGUUUCUCAUGUUUGGCGAAAGCACUCAAUCACAGAUUACUCUGAAUUUGCCACCACAUGUUGUUAGUUCAAAAGUUGCAAUAUGGACAACAAUUGUCAACCCACUUACAAAAUAUGCCCUGUUGAUGAACCCCCUGGCUAGAAGCAUAGAAGAAUUGCUUCCCCGAGGGUUGUCUGAAAAAUAUUGGGUCUUCAUUCUUAUAAGGACAGCCCUUGUCCUGUCUUCCCUUUGUGUUGCUUUUCUUCUUCCUUUCUUUGGUCUAGUGAUGUCUUUAAUUGGUUCACUUUUUAGCAUUCUUAUGGCUAUCAUAAUGCCAGCAUUAUGCUUUCUGAGAAUAUUGGGAAACAAAGCUACAAGGACACAGAUUGUACUGAGUUCCACGAUUGUGGGAUUUGGAAUCAUUAGCGCUGCCAUGGGAACCUACAUCUCAGUAUCUGAACUGGCGAACAAGUACUAG